UGGGUGGCCCCCCGAUUGCCUUCCAGCGCAGGGUGGGGAAGGGGACCUUAGCCCGCUGCAGUCUCGAGUGGGCCUCCAGGACAAUGGGCGCCCGGACCUCCAGGCGGCUGCAGCCCGCGGAUGAGCCCAUGGACCUGGGCGCGCUGCCCCCCGAGCUGCUGGUGCAGGUGCUGAGCCAUGUACCACCGCAUGCAUUAGUGACGCGCUGCCGCCCCGUGUGCCGCGCCUGGCGCAACGUGGUGGACGGGCCCACCGUGUGGCUGCUGCAACUGGCCCGCGACCGCAGCGCCCAGGGCCGCGCGCUCUACGCCGUGGCCCAGCGCUGUCCGCCAGCCGACGACGCCGAGACGGUGCCGCUCUGCGCCCUGGCGCGCUACUGCCUGCGCGCGCCGCUGGGCCGCAACCUCAUAUUCAACUCCUGCGGCGAGAGGGGCUUCAGAGGCUGGGAAGUGGAGCACGGCGGAAAUGGCUGGGCGGUGGAAAAGAACGUAAUUCUGGUGCCAGGGGCCCCGUCGCAGACCUGCUUCGUGACUUCUUUCGAGUGGUGCUUCAAGAGGCAGGUUGUGGACCUGGUGAUGGAGGGCGUGUGGCAGGAGCUCCUGGACAGCGCCCAGAUCGAGAUCUGUGUGGCCGACUGGUGGGGUGCCCGUGAGAACUGCAGCUGCAUCUACCGGCUCCGGGUCCGCCUCCUGGAUGUGUGUGAGAACGAAGUGGUCAAGUUCUCCGCCUCCCCGGACCCUGUCUUCCAGUGGACCGAGAGGGGCUGCCGGCAGGUCUCCCACAUCUUCACCAACUUUGGCAAGGGCAUCCGCUACGUGUCCUUCGAGCAGUACGGAAGAGACACUCGCUCCUGGGUGGGCCACUACGGCGCCCUGGUGACCCACUCCAGUGUGCAGGUUCGCCUCCGUGUGUCCUAGCGGCUGGCCUGCAGGGGCUCCCGCACAGACUGCGGCUGCCCAACACCAUCCUCAGUCCAGGACUCGGCAGCCAGGGACAGUGGGGGGUUCCGUCUGGCACCUCCUCCAGGAGUGGCCCACAUGCUGUGACAAACUGCCACCAGGCUGUUCGUGGCUUCCGUGGCUCGCCCAUGGGAGGCACCCAGGAACAAGGCAGGGGCUGCCGGCUGGCUACUGAACCUCACACGUGAGAAUCCGUGAUUGCGGGUUCGCUGGUUGUGGGGAGGACACAGGAGCCAAUAAGCAGCCAUGGCUGUAACACCUGGCGGGACCACCCCACCUCCAAGCCCCUGUGGGUCAGGGUGGCAUGUCUUGCAUGAAUUCCUCAGAGACAGGUCUCCUGCCUUUACCUCCUACCAGGCAAGGAGCCUCUCUUUUCUCUGCCUGGACAGCCAGGGCAGGUCUGCUCUGAAGAAAAGCUCCCGCCCCCGC